CCGAUUAAUUUAAUAAAUGAUCUCUGGGCCUAGUAGCCUGGGCAAAAUAAAGAUUAGUCAUAUCGCCGUUAACAUGCAAAUCAUUUUUAACACCCGCGGCUCGUGGGUUUGAAGUUUGGGGAAGCUCAUUUUCACCAUUAAAAAACACCCUUAUAAUAAAGCAUUCCAUGCAUCCUCGCAUUUGCAUACUUAUGUAAAAUAGUUUACUAUGCCUAAUGUGAUGAUUAGAUUGGAUAGUCAUAUUUUAGGCUAAUAUAACUCAAACACUCAAAAAAUACUAUUCAUUGCGAUGCGUAGGGGCGAAGAGUAGACCUAGGCUAUGGCCUAUCAGAUAUAUUUCUUGUUGGCCUUUUAUCUACACAUUCCAUGCUAUUCUGCAACAUUUUACAUGAAUGGAGACAUUAGCAGAAUAUGUUUUAAUAGCCUACUACAAACUUUAUACGGUAGCCUACUCUGCCGACAAGGCGAAAUACAAAAUGACAUCCAAAAACAAACUAAAGUGUCACUGACCCAAUGAUGAAGACAGUGAAUAUGCACACUCACUGGGGAUAUGGCCGAUGUUUUCCACUGGUGCCAAUAAAAUAGGAUACUCUUUUUACAGCAAUAGUAAUUUACUUUCCAAAUGGUUUUUGUAUUCAAUUGUAUUCUUAAAUAUUGCGAUACGCCCGUCUGUGUCUCUUUGAUUUGUACUGACAGUCACAGCUCAACAAACUGCAAUUUGGUAUUUGCCUCCCGCGUUGCCCAAACUGCGAGCCCUUCCGUCGGUAUGCUAUGCCAUUUUAAUACAUUCUGCAGCAUUUUUAUUUUUUAUUAAAGAAUAUAAUGAUCCUCUGUGGCCAAAUCAUGCUUUCUGGUAUAGUAGCCUAUUUUAAAAUAUUUUGUUUUGUGUAUAGGCAGGAGUAAGCUAAUAAGGCUAUAUAAUUUUGGCAGUUUUAAUUCAAUUGACUAUAGGGAAAUCUUGUCCUACCGAGCCUUAUGGACGCUCUGCCUAUGCCAAUGUGGCAAAAACACAACCAGUCAUGUUAACAUCUGAUUGUUAAGCAAUCACCUGUAGACUACCCGCGCACAUUCGUCCACUUACAAAAUAAUUCCAGCAUCUAACCCCCAACAAUGCACUGUGCAACUGCAAUUCCAUGAAUGGAAAGAAAAAUGUCUUACAAAACACCUACGUGUAUUGUAAUGAGAUCUGUGAUUGUUAGGCCUACACGUAGCCUGAAUCGCGUCCACUGUUGAAAAUAAAUAAAUCAUGAUUAAUAACAUGUAUGUAUUUUUUUCGGGAUUUUGUGGUAAUUGUAAUAGGCUCACGUUUUACCAUUACGGCGUUCCCCCAAUAUUUAUUUUGGCAGUAGGCUGGUAGGCUGUAGUAGCUUACUUUCAUCCCGGAGAGUGUCAGAGGAGUCUGUGACUAGGCUGUGACCUAGGUGUUGUCUUGAGGGUUGGAAACGUUCCAGAACACUGCCUUGAAAAGCUGAGGCUGGUAAAUGAGUCAGCACUCUGACUUUAUGAGGAAGGAGAAGGGAAACUGAUAAAGCAUAAACACACUUGAACCUUAACCUAUAUCCAUCAGUAGGAUGUCAGCAGCUUUCCAUUCCACCAAGGGGGAAUGGGGAAAUACCUAUGGAUCUUCAAAUGAAACCUGCUCUCUGUCACAUUUUGGGUGCCAGUAACUCUAGUUUCACUCAGCUCAGUUUCAGUGACCAGUGUGUAGAUUUAAUGCAGAUGCUCUUUCAAUUUCUGUUCCUAUGAUAACCUCUAUCAUGUAGUGACCAUGUGUGUCCCAGAAGGGCUGUGUAUUUCCCAGAAGACACGAUGGUCAGCACGGGGAAGUUCAGUCGCAUCUCAAGGAAACAGAAGGGGAGGAGAGGUGUCAGAUGGAUGUGUCACCCUCUAAGUUUCUACUCACUGGGUAUAAAAUACCUUGGAAGCUAGGUUGAUAGAAGACCACUCUCCAUCGAUUACACAGGUGCCUCAACAGACAGUGAACAGAAGAAUAGGGCUCUCUGUAGAGAAUUGAACUGAACUGAGUUGGGCAGGAGUGGACUGAGCUAAACUAUAUUGGACAGUGACUAGUUUCGGCUGAUAGAUACACAGGCAUUUCUCUAUAACACACACAGUCCAGUGCUCAGCAGGAGGAUGUCUGUCUCGUGUAGGGGGGCUCUGCUCAUGCUUCUCGCCAGUCUUGGAGGUCUGGUCUGGGGGGAGGUGGGUGACUUCACCCCUUGCCUCCGUUUCUUCUACAUGGAGACUCCCCCAAAAGGCAUGGGGGGAGAGGGGUACCAGCCCAUCUGCCAGCGCUACAGGAACCAGUACCACUUUGCCAGCCUGUACCAGCGCCAGCGCCGUGCCACCCUCUACUCUGCCUACAUACUUACCCCUGGAGGAGGCAAACGGCCCAGGAGCAAGUGGAUGUAUGAACCACAGUUGGCGUUCUCCGGUGCCAGUCCAGAGAUGCAUAGUUUCCCGCGGAGUGGCCCAGUGGACCAGAAUGUGGUGGAGAGCCAGGCGGUGCUCCAGGACUACAUCAACUCUUCAUACACCAAGGGUCACCUCAAUCCCAGCCUGCACCACCAGGCCCCAGACGACCGCCGGGCCACUUUUACCCUCACCAACGUGGUCCCUCAGCGGGCAGCCUCAAACUCUGGCCCCUGGGCUCAGCUGGAGGCUGAGGUGAGGGCCCGGAUGGGUAACUACUGCAUUGGGCCGGCGUAUGUGGUAACAGGGGCGCUGUCAUACCUCUCUGAGCGCUGGAUGGCCAACCGGGUAGCGGUGCCAGAGUACAUGUGGUCUGCCUACUGCUGCCCCUCCUACAACUCUAGUCUCCCCGCCUCACAGAGACCCUACUUCCCAUCAUAUGCUGCUGUGGGCCGGAAUGACCGCCAUAGUGGUGGAGAGAUUGUGCCGGUGGACCCCCAGGCGAAGGCCUCGGUUCGGGGGUAUGAUGUGAGGCGGAUGCCCCUGGACACCGUGGAGACUAUUCUACAGCAGAGACUGGGCGUCCACAUCAGCCUGUUUCACAAUCAAUGUCUGUAGGCAGGUGUGGUAGUUAGGUAAUGGGCUGUUGUAUGGGCUGUCCCUGUUCAGUGAAAAAUAAAAUCUACAG